GGCGGGGUCGUGGGUCCGGGGUCCAGGGCCGAGGGCCGGCGGGAUGUGUCCGGCGGGGCCCGGGGCCCCGGCGCUCUGGAGAGGCUGCAACCUGCUCAUGGCCGCCUUCUUGGCCCUGGCCGCCUGGGUGCAGGUGAACGACCCUGAUGCAGGGCUGUGGAUGGUGGCUUAUGCGGUUCCAGCCUUCCUGUCCCUGCUGGUUGGCCUCAGCCCUCAGGUUGCAGGGAACGCCAUUUGGAGGAGGCUGACUGAGCUGCACCUUCUCCUCUGUGCCGCGGGGGCCAUUUGGUCUGGAGGGUCCUGGGCCCGCCACGCCCACCGGGACCUCUUGAACGAGGAGGAAGGCAGGGAGCUGUUCGGCCUGCUCAUCGUCGCCGUGUGGAUGUCUCUCUGCCACAGCUCAGCAAAAAGCCCCGUGGGUGGAGGAGCCCGUCUGGCUGUCGCUGUUUCCAUCUCUCUCUGCCCGGUUGUGCUGUGGGCUUACGUUUACGUGAACAAGGAGAUGCGAGCCUCGUGGCCUGCCCACUGCAAGGAAGUCUUGUGACUGCAGUUGGCCAUGUUUCAUCCGAUGAACUCCAACCGGCCAUGUCGCCCCCUGCCCGAAGGCAGGGAAUGUGUCUACCAAUUCCGCUAUCUUGUACUCUCCCAAGUGCUUAGUACAGUGCUCUGCACGCAGUA